AUGGCGAAUGUUCGCUGGGUCAAGCUCAGGUCUGAAGAGCCACCGGCAUGGCUCCGACUUCAAAUACGUCUCGCUGCCCUUUUCGACAAGUACAGGGGAGAAACACGGUCUCGGCGAGUGAAGCGUCUUCCAUUCAAGAGAAUUAUCAAAUUCUAUAGUCGCCCUAUAGAGCUUGAAGCUUUGCAAUAUAUUCAAAAACAUACCACCAUCCCGAUUCCCCGUGUGAGAAAAGUGUACGACUAUGGCGGAGAGAGACAGCACAUGGUCAUGGACGCGAUAGAUGGACAGACUCUCGACUCCGCUUGGCCGGGGAUGACUGACGACCAGCGGGAAAACGUUGUUCAGGAGUUUACGGCAUACGUCCAACAGUUACGGAGCCUUGUUCCGCCCAAAGAAGGGGCUGUCGGCUCGAGUCUCUUGGGGCCUGGCUAUGACCAUCGACUAGGAGACCGUCUUUUUGGCCCUUUUGAUGACAUUGCCCACUUUCACUAUUAUGUCCGACGCGGCAUGCCCCUUGAGUCUUGGGAUGAGUCUGUUAAACAGGUUCAUGGCCGUUCAAGGUCGUAUACUAUCAAGUACGCGCAUGGAGAUAUGUGCCCAAACAAUGUGCUGGUCAAGGGCGGAAGAAUUGUCGCAAUUGUUGAUUGGGAGUUUGCGGGAUGGUAUCCCGAGUACUGGGAGUAUACUAAAAUUCACUAUGGCUACCGACCAUACCGUGAGGAAUUUUUCAAUGCUCUGGAAAAGACAAUGACCACGUAUCCAGAGGAGCUAAAAGCUGAGACUGCUAUCUGGCGAGUUUUUAGUACUUUUCACUAUGACGACCCGAUUCCUGACUACGCACCGAAAUGGGAGGGCAGCCUUGAGGAAGAAUCGGUAGGCAAACCACUUGAGGGUGAUUUAUCGGCGGAGUCAAGAGAAAAAAAGGCUGAUCUUCACUCUGGGUAA